GAGAUGUAUGGUCCAUGUGGAACCUUCACUACAAGUAACGAAGCGGAAGCUAUCGCGUUAAAAAUGGCUCUGGACAACCUAAUUGAAAUCUUCAGAACCCAACCUGCUCAAAGAAAAGACAUUGUCAUAUUCACUGACAACAAGAUCAUAUUAAGAAACUCGAAGAGAGAUGAGCCCCGACCACAAAUAGCGAGCAUCAUCCGAAGGACAAACAGCAUAGAUAGAGAUUUCAAACUUAAAAUCUUCCUCCAAUGGAUCCCAGGACACUCUGACAGCUUGCUCCACAACAGAGCUGACGAGAUUGCCAAAGAUGGGUCAAAAUUAAAACAAACAGAGCACCACACAUCUCUAGAAUCGCUAAAAGGAAGACUUAAAAGCAUCUACCGAGUUAAAUGGAUCAAACAAUGGGCAAACUGCAACACAGGAAGGUCCGUGUGGAAAUACCAAAAAUCUCCCAACAAUUCUGAUCCAUGGUGGUCACUAAGAAGGAAAGAUCAAACCACCAUUUCCCGAAUCAGGACGAAACAUUGCCCAACGAAAUCCUAUCUCAAAAGAAUG